AUGAAGUUUUCUAGCGCCCUCCAGUUCAAUGCCGUGCCCGACUGGGCGCCGUAUUACUUAGAUUAUUCCGGUUUGAAAAAGCGCCUUUAUGUCAUCGAGCGCGACGUGAUUGCCAAUAACCCGGCGCCGCCGCCUCAAUCGCAGCAGCACAAUGCAUCUCGGAUGCCAGGGUCAGACGAGAGCAGUAAUCUGCUCGGCCCACAAACACAGGCCUACGCCACAUUUGCACCCCUGCUCAACAGCGAGCUGGCAAAGAUCGAGCGCUUCUACCAGCGCAAGGAGGCGGAGCUUUUCGCCGAGGCCGACGAGAUUGAAAGGGAUGUUGCCAUCCUGGACAUCCACCCGACGCUGGAACGCCGGAGCUCGCUCAAUUUAUUUCGCAAGCUCUCAACUAUCAACGUCAGCAACGCUACCCAGCCCCUGCGCAGCGCGUCGCCACAGGCUGGGCCGUCGCGGCCACAACAACCGGUAGAACGGGACAACGACGAAAAUGUUAGCGAUCACCUGCUUACCAACCACCACCGUGCAAGCUCGCUGGAUCUCGAGUCGAUGUCGCCAGAGAAUGACAUCCGGCGCAAGGCGCGCAACCUCUUUAUUCUACUACACGACCUGCGGUCCUACGCGCAACUGAACUACACAGGGUUCAACAAGAUUACUAAAAAGUAUGACAAGGUGACUGGCUCUGAGCUGCGCGAGGAGUACAUGGCCGAGACUGUCAGGAACGCAUACCCGUUCACUGCUGAGGCGCAGAACCGGUUGCACGAGCACCUGGAGGCAAUGGCCUACUCAUUUGGGCUGGUCUCGGGUCUGGGCAGCAUCGAUGAGGCCCUGCAUGAGCUCAAGAAGUGUUUGCGCGAGGAGGUCGUGUGGGAGCGCAACACAGUGUGGCGUGAUAUGAUUGCCAACGAGCGCAUGGUCAAUGCCGUAGGGGUGCAGUCGCCGGACCUGGAGCGAGCCGGCGGAGACACUAUCCCGACGUUGAAGCCGCGCAGAAUAACCAACACACAGAAACAGAUUCUGCGCCUGCUCGCUUGCACCGCCUUGUUCUUUGUUGUCUGGGCUGUGCCCGUGUUUGAUGGUGUCGAGCAACAGCGGUGCUGGGCCAUGCUUAUCUACGUGUCGCUAUUGUGGGCUACCGAGUCACUGCCGCUGCACGUCACUGCCCUGCUUGUGCCCUUUUUGACCGUCAUGCUGGGCGUCAUGCGGUCGCCGGAAAAGGCGCACGCGCAGCUAUCUGCUGGAGAUGCGUCCAAGGCUGUAUUUUCGGCCAUGUUCUCGUCCGUCAUUAUGCUCCUACUUGGUGGUUUUACGUUGGCCGCGGCUCUGAGCAAGCAUGAUGUCGCGCGAAUCAUUGCCUCGUGGAUUCUCAGCAAGGCCGGCACUAGCCCAAAAACAGUGCUCUUGGCCAACAUGCUCGUCGCUACUUUUGCAAGCAUGUGGAUAUCCAACGUCGCCGCGCCUGUCCUGUGCUUCUCGCUGAUCCGUCCGAUCCUGCGCACCCUGCCCAAUGGCAGCACUUUUGCGCCCUGCCUGAUCAUGGGUAUUGCGCUGGCGUCGAAUGUCGGCGGCAUGGCGUCGCCCAUCUCGUCACCUCAGAACAUCAUAGCAAUCAAUACUAUGCACCCGCCACCCUCAUGGUUCCAGUGGUUUGCCGUGUCCAUCCCUGUGUGCAUCCUGUGCGACCUGGGCAUUUGGGCGCUUCUGCUUGCUGUCUACCGCCCGCACAAGACCACACCGUCCAUACAUCAGACGCGCUUUACCAGCGAGCGGCUCAAUAGGCGCCAGGUCUACGUAUGUGCAGUCACUCUCUUGACCAUACUCCUGUGGUGUUUCGAGUCUAAAUUGGCCUUUUUGGUCGGCGACAUGGGCAUUGUGGCCAUUGUCCCGUUGGUGCUGUUGUUCGGGUUCCCGAAGAUUUUGGGCAAGGAGGAUUUCAACAACUUUUUGUGGACCGUCGUUAUCCUAGCCAUGGGCGGCAUAGCGCUGGGCCGUGCUGUGGACUCUAGCGGUCUGUUGCACGAGCUGGCUGCCCGCAUUGAACUCUUCGUUGAUGGGUUCCCCUUAUUCGCUGUUAUGUGUGUGUUCUGCGGUCUGAUCCUGGUCUGCUGCACGUUUAUUUCUCACACCGUGGGGUCUUUGAUUAUAUUGCCCAUUGUGGCUGAGGUCGGUGCUAGAUUGCCCGAGCCUCAUAGUCGGCUGCUGGUCAUGGGAUCGGCCUUGAUGGCCUCAGGUGCUAUGGGCUUGCCGGUCUCAGGAUUCCCCAAUAUGAACGCCAUUAUGCUCGAGGAUACUCUGGGCAAUCCGUACUUGUCCACUAUGGAUUUCUUCAAGGCCGGCAUUCCCUCCAGUGUUGUCGCUUACUUUGUCAUUAUCUCAGUCGGUUACAUUAUCAUGUCCAUGCUGGGCUUUUAA